AUGGGAAAGAAGACGUGGAUCCUACCAGUAGAAGUUGGAUGUAGAGGCUUUCAAUCACAAUCAGUGUGGAAAAUGCUGGGGGCUGUGGGGAUCAAGGAACGAGUCAGAAAGAUCGCAGUCCACGCUCUUGGGAGAGCUGCAGAGAGAGCGUCCAGCUCUGGCUACGACGCAGUGAACCAACUUGGAAGCCAACGUAGACGAGGAGCCGCAGCUGUGUUUAGUGUACAAAUGGUUGGUCUUUUCCGAGAAUAUUUCUCAUACCCAACAAAAACGUCAGUGAGCAUGCAGUUUUCACAGCUCGCAUUUCCAGCGCUGACGUUUUGCAACAUGAAUCAGAUUAGGCAGUCUUCGAACUGGUACGAGUAUCAGGAACUGUAUGAAAUAUAUCAGACAAGUUGGCAUCAAAACAUGGUGAAUAAUGCAAAUUUUACAAUUGACGACCUUAAAAGCUGGGGCAUGCCCGAAGAUGAUGCACAAGCAUUGCUCAUAGAUUUUCAGAAUGCACGGGAUAGUUAUGAGGCAUGGAAAUCCCGUAUACUGUUUCAGCUUAGAAACAUUUCAAAAGAGGAACGAUUCUCGAUUGGCCAUAAGGCCGACGUAUUCAUACAUUCAACUACAAUUGCAGGUUACUUCCUCGAAUCAAAGGCAUAUGAUGUCAUCCAAUCAGCUUCAUAUGGCAAUUGCUUCACUUUAGAUAGCUCCAGUAUGAUUGCACGAGGAACUGGCCAAAGCCAUGCAUUGUCGAUAGUAUUCAACAUUGAACGGUACGAAUAUUUCAAACAGUCCUCAUCCGCGUUUGGGGUCCGCAUGGUUUUGCAUGAAAAGGGAACACUUCCGUUGCCAGAGAGUGAGGGGUUGACUUUAAACACGGCGUUUGAAACAAACGUGGGAAUAAGACAAGUGAGCAUAGAACGUCUCGGUGGGCGUUAUGGGGAUUGUACAAAUGGAGAAAGCUUCGUUGAUAAAUACAACAGCAGCUACACUGUUCCAGUGUGUUACGUAGUUUGUGAAGCCGAGCACAUGGCAUCGGAGUGUGGAUGCAUACCGCUAAAUACUCCUGAGAGUAUACCGCUUGAUAUGCCAAUAUGUGACGUAGACGACAUUUCCGUACGAAAUUGCUCAACUGAAGUCAAAAAUUACAUUUACAAAGGGGAUCUUACGUGCGACUGCAAAACACCAUGUAAACAAACCGUCUAUACAACGACGCUUUCUGGACGUUCUUGGCCUCACGAUGAAUAUCUAAAGAACGUUAUCCUAGAAGAUAUUUGUGGACGCAACAAUUCAGCUUAUGAUGGCUAUUACAAGUACACUAAUAAAUUUUGUGAUAAACAGGCAAACGAUACACUCACUGCAGCCGAACUUGAAGAAAUUGCGGGCAAUUUUAUUUCAGUUAAUAUUUAUUUUGAAGACCUCAACUAUGAAAAGAUUUCGGAAGAAGCAUUGUACAACACGAUCCGUUUCCUUUCAGAUAUUGGAGGAGCAAUGGGCUUUUAUAUGGGAGCCUCUCUCCUCACUUACGUUGAGAUACUUCAGGUUAUCCCAGAAAUGAUUAUUCUCUUUUGCUCGAGAAAAAAAGCGUCUGUUAAUCCAAAGUAA